AGUUCCGCCAGUACCGCUAAGAAAUGUCGCGGUUGAAGUUUAAGCCUCGCCAUUGGCGCUAGUAAUCUCCCCUAUAAUCUCUGGUAUAACGGUCGUAAGACUGUCAGUGUUAUAACCAAUAAACGAAAAAAAGAUGAUUUUUUUCCGAUAAUUCGGAUGACUAAAUAAACCAUUACGAGAAGUGAAUUUGUCAAACGCUCCAGAUUGGUGCGUUUCACAUUCCUGAGUCACGUGCCCUCAAUUCUCCCUCGUAGCGGAACGUUAUGGCAGGAUUUACGGAGAACGCUCUCGUGAAGAAACUUCUAGAUCUUAACCCAUCCCAGCAAAGUAUUCAAACAUUGUCACUUUGGCUAAUCCACCACAGAAAACAUCACGGUACUAUUGUGAAAGUCUGGUUCAGGGAGAUGUGCAAAGCUAAGGACACUCGCAAAUUGAUGUUUAUGUACUUGGCUAACGAUGUAAUACAGAAUAGCAAGAAGAAAGGACCGGAAUUUGGCAGAGAAUUUGGUCAUGUUCUUCCGAGAGCGUUCGAACACAUGAAAACAUUCGAUGAGAAAACUAGGGAAAGGCUGAAUAGACUGCUUGUUAUUUGGGAAGAAAGAGGGGUUUACGACAAAACACAGAUUACUGAUUUUAAAGGAGCCCUCAAUAUAGUUACAGAAUCGAUUAAAGAGCCAGGGACACCGCCACGAAAAAAAUCACGAAAUGAAAUUGAGAAGGAAACCUUCAAGAAAUCUGACAAGAAAUCAGACAAACGAUCAGAUAAAAAAUCUAACAAGAAAGAGAGAAAAAAAUCGGAAACUGAAAUUGAAGUGGAUGGUACCAAAGAACUACACGUUACAUUGAGUCCAAGAACACCAGCUGGCGAUCCCCCGGAGACUGAGGAACUUAUUAAGGCCCUAAUGGACUUGGAAAAUACAGCAUCGUCUGACGCAGCUGUGAGAGAACGAAUUGCUUCACUACCUCCAGAGGUAUCAGAGGUCUCGUUGUUGGCUAAUUUGGCUGAUCGUGCUGCUGCUGAUGAGUUGAGUAUAGCUGUCAAUGAAGCUGCAGCGUUGCUUGCGGAUUACAAUGGAAGGUUGCAGGCAGAGAUGGAGGACAGGCGCCGUUUAUUAACAAUGCUUAGGGACUACACAUUGGCACAGAAGCAAUUGUUACAACAGGCACAAUCGACUCUAGAGGAUUAUAAAGAAAAAUUGAAGAAAGUCUGUACGGUUAGAGCAGAAGUUAAGUCCCACAUCUCGAAUUUACCAGAUUUAACACAAUUGCCAGACGUAACAGGUGGACUAGCCCCUCUACCAUCAGCUGGUGAUCUCUUUUCUCUUCACUAGUUUUGGAUCUGACAAAUCGGAAAAAACUUCAAAGAAAAGUGGAUUGAAUCACCGAUCAGAACAUGACUAUUGUUAUAUAUGUAUAAAAUUUGAAAGAUUUUGCAAGGCAUUAUCUACCUCCAGUGCUUCACCAAUUGUCAUGAAAUUCCCAAGCUCUUAAAUCGAUGAAAAUUCACCAAUAUUUCCACAGAACGCUGUGAUGUUUCAAUGGUGGAUUAAUCGGGUAUGUUUAUUGAUUUAGAAAGACAUGAAGCUUCCUAUUUUAAAAUUAGUUAUGAAUUAUCCAAGAACCAUAACAGAUCGAAUAUGAAUAACUGUUCUUUGUAGAUGAGUCAGUCGCUAAUUCGAAAGAUAUCAUUUAUUUUUAUAAUCAGUGAAUUAUAAAUUAUUCACGAAUUGAUAGACCAUAACAGGCGUUUCAUCCCCUUUUUGAGCACAAUUUUUUUAUUCCUUCAAUAAAAAAUUAUUGAGGAGGAAUUCAAAUUUUGCAUGGAUUAUACCGUUCUUUAAUAUGAAAAUUGAAUGAAGAAUAAUUUCUACUUUUUCUUUCAUUUUGAUGAGUAAUUAAAGUUCAUGUGUUCUAAUUCCUUUGUUUCUCAUUAUUUCUCAAAAUAAAUAAUAUUUAUUUAAUUUUCUUCAUGGAAUUUUCAUAUACAAAUAAAUCAUCCAAUAAUAAAGCUUGUGCUACAAUCAAAUCUCCUUUAGGCUGAUCCUUACUAAUUAAGAUGUAUUUAGCAAACAGUAGUAUGAUUGAAUUAUCACCUCCCGCUGUGUAGAUAGUAACACAUUUUGAGGUUUUGUUUUAUUUGUGCAGUGAAUAAACCCUAUGAAUCGCA